UCUAUUAAUUACUUACCAAACCAGCAUAUAUUUUUUGUUCCAAAAGAGAAGAUAUCAAACAGUAAAUCCUAUUAGUUACAAGUUUGUCUAACUCGUGAUCCUAGUCCAAAUUGAUAUGUUGCACCAACCAAACUAUACAUCUGAAGGGUAAAGUUGAACCUCUCUGUUCCUUAUUGCACUGGCAGUACUAUGAUUCCAUAAAAGGUGCAGAAUAUGGUAGGCGGCUAGGAUGACUAAUAGGAUUGCCAACGGAAUCUCUUUAGCGGAAUAGAAUGUGACAAGAGUACAUAUCGAAAAGUAGGAUGACUUAGUACUGAAAUCAACGGGUGUUCAGAGCAAACUUUCUUCAUACGAACUAUAUGAUGUAUUUUGUCUCUUCAGACAGAAAAGAAGAACAUGAGAUGGAGAAAAAUAAACUGCCUAAAUCAUGGAGAUUCAAGUAUAAGCUCAAGGCUAUUAAUCUCGAGUUGAGAAAGAGGAAUUAAAGAAGUACAUCAAAGACGCAAUGGUCAAAAUAUUGGAGAUACAAGCUCAAAAACAGAGUAGAACCAAAGAAAAAAAAAAAAAAACUCCUUUUGGCUUAGGAGAAUGAUCUGCUUCAGAUUUAUUCAUGAGACAGAAUUGGUGCAGCAAGCAAGCCUAUCACAUUUUUUUGCACUAGGCAUAUAGAUGAACAAGAUGAAGAAAAGUUGUAAGAAACUAUUGAAGCAGAAGGAUUAUGUAAGAAGACUGAAUUGAUGCAGAAAAAAAAUGAAUUAGAGGAUCGUUUGCAAUCACAAUCUCGAAUUUUUUGGGUUGUUUAUACUCUUGAUUUUAACAGUGAUGCUCUCUCUAUGUUCACCCAUUCCUGACUUGUCUCCUUUAUCUUAGAUUUUUCAGUGGAAGCAUUGGUAAUUCUAAAACUGAUGGAAGAACAUUUGUAUAGUUUUCCAACCAAAGGAAAUACAACAAAAUGGCGCCUUUAUGUAGCAUAAACACAGUAUACUACAAGCCUUUCGCCACCAUGAUCCUCGGUAUAUACCGGCAUUACUACUGGAAGGCAACGGGAUUAAGAGCUGGUUUGAAGCUCACCUGUCUCCGUGGGCAGCCUUCAUCAUUAUAUUCAGUUCUGGUGUGUUGGCCUUCUGUCUCAACUUCUCCAUCUUCUAUGUCAUUCACUCCACAACCGCAGUCACAUUCAACGUCGCUGGAAACCUUAAGGUAACCAAAAGACAAUCUUAAACACCAUAACUAAAUAUGCUCUAAUUCAACAUCUGUUUUGAGCAUGCUUCAUGUACCCUUUUGAAGGAGGUUAAACAAAAUCAAGAAGCAGCGCUAUCCAUGUAUUUGAGAGGUUUCAGGUUAACUAACAAAGCAAUCUGAAUAGAUAAACCUUCUUUUUAGAACGGUUAUCGCACCACUGAUUGGAAGAACUGGACGUUCAUUGAGCAUACAUCCACUGAUUGAUAGCCCUAGCAGAGCACAUGUUUGAUCUUCUAUGUUGUGAUGUCCAAACAGGAGGAGGAAGCUCAAUGUUGUGUUGGAAACAAGUUGUUAUUAGUAUGACACAUCAUCAAAAGUCUCUUGCUUAAGUGAGAUGUCCAAGUCAGUUGAUGUCUCAGGUGUACCAGAAUCUCAUAUGAAUCAGAAAGUUAAUAUGAUAUGAUGAAUAUCUAUAUAAUUAAGCCAAGUUCAGCAGUUAAACACUGAUUUGCCUCACCUAACCUUGGAUAGUCCAUUGAAUGAAAGUAUGUCUUAAAAAAAGAAUAUCUGUAUAAUUAAUUUUUUAAAUUAUAUUGUGUUUGUUUUAAACAUUCUUAUGUUAUUCUUAGUUUUCAAACAUAAUUAACUAAAAGGUAACAAAAGGUAAAAAUAUAUAAGGAUUAUAAUAAAAUUAAUUAAUUUUGGGACAUUCAGAUUUAUCUUCUACGGGUGAAUUAUUGUGAAAGAAUAUACCCUAUUGCUAAAUAUAAGGUGAGUGCUAAACAAGGUAACUCGUGGUUUGGGGUUUUGCCAUUUUUGAAUAAAUAUUUUUUAAUUAAAUAAAUUUUCCCUCCUAUUUUCUAUUUUCAGCUACAUCUACUCUGCAUCAUCUCUCUCUCUCUCUCUCUGUUUCUCUUCGGCUUUGAUUCCUCUCAGCAGUUGGUAAAGUGAAAUCAAAAGUGUCUAUCUCUGUUUCUCGACUUUGUUGAUUGAGGGCUCUCGAUCAAACAUAUCGUGUUUUUUUUGGUUCCCUGAAAUGGAAGCCUCUCCUUGGAAAAAUCUCAAGCAGCUAGAGUUCUCUCUAGAUUCCGUCAUUGAUCUCUCCUCCCCUGUAGCUACGUUUUCGUACGUCGAUGGAGUGACGGAGCUGCUCCGGUUUCUGCAAUCGGACUCGACCCAUUGUUUUACUUUUGAUCUCGCUUCAGCUCAGUUAUUCAAGUUGGGGACAGUCCAGCAGCAGUUCAUAUAUAAUGAUAACUCAGAGGAGAAAUCAUUCUCCCAAGGAGUUAAUAUAAAGUUUGGAAGUGAGAAGGAUAGCAAGGAGUAUUGUGAUUCAUUUGAGGAGUGGAGAAAAUAUGCUCUUGUUCAGGUUUCAGCUAGUAAAAGCAAGUUCGACCAUAAGAUUGAGGCGUCCUCGGCCCAAAUGUAUUUCCAUUACUAUGGCCAACUUCUACAUCAGCAAAAUAUGCUACUACAAGAUUAUGUCAGGACAGGUACAUAUUAUGCUGCGGUGAUGGAGAACCGUUCUGAUUUUGCUGGUCGUGUCGUGGUCGAUGUGGGUGCUGGGAGUGGCAUUUUGUCAAUGUUUGCUGCCCAGGCUGGUGCCAAGCAUGUUUAUGCUGUAAUAGCAUCCCAAUUGGCUGAAUACGCACGUAAGCUGAUUGCUGGAAAUCCAUUGUUCGCUGAUCGGAUCACAGUCAUUAAGGGAAAAGUCGAGGAUAUCGCAGAUGUGUUUGAUGCAUUUGAUCCGAGGUUAUUGGUAGCUCCCCCUAUGUUUCGUAAAAGGAGUGACUUUGAUCGAAAAGGAUCAAGUAGUCCACAACCGCCUCUGCUCGGACCAUACUGCGUUCGAGGCUACAAUAUGGGAGAGGCGAGAAACAUUCUCGAGCAAUCUUCUUAUCAAUCAGCACCAACUAGGAGGUCUGAAGGGACUGAUGUGUCCUUUUUGAUGGACCCUCCUCACCUUUCUACUCGUCUUUCUCAUAUCCUACGAAGACUGCUAGGUAGAUCUCUAAGUCUUCUCUUUGAUUUUUGACGUGAACUGGAAAUUCUUUGAGUGUUUAGUGUAGACUCUUGCUUCUUUGUGCAGUAUUUACUUUUAGAUUACUAUUAUCAUUAGUCUUUGUCACUGAAAG